CCUCCUCUGUCCUGGCUUGGGGGGCCGCGGAGCAGGGCGCCACCGGCACGGGGCUGGACGGGGACCCGGGUGCCAGGUGCUCAGAGCAAAGGCGAGAUCAGAGAGGAGUUGUGCCACUCCUUCAAAGGCAUGAAUUAAACGCGCUUCCUCGCCGUCUGAGUGACAGCACCACCCAGGAGCCAGGAGCAUAUAAAGGCCGGGCUGCGGGGCCGGCCCCCACCAGCUGCUCGGGAGAGCGGGGCUGGCUCGUCCCGGGGCAGACGGUCCUUCUGCGCGCGACUCCCAGUGCGGAUCAGCCCCCGCCGCCGCGUUUUCACAGGACAGGGGAUCGGCUGCAGGGAGGCAGGAUGCUCUGGGCGCUGGCCCUGCUGGCCCUGUGGGCCCCCUCCAGGGCUCAAGCUGGUGACCAGGACGAGGACACCACCUUCAACCUUUUCAGCAUCAGCAACAUAAACCGAAAGACCAUUGGGGCCAAGCAGUUCCGGGGGCCUGACCCCAGCGUGCCUGCUUAUCGCUUUGUGCGGUUUGACUACAUCCCGCCUGUGGCUGCAGACUAUCUCAGCAAGAUUGCCAAGGCCAUGCAGCAGAAGGAGGGCUUCUUCCUCACGGCCAGCCUCAAGCAGGAUCGCAAAUCCCGGGGCACGCUCCUGGCUCUGGAGGGACCUGGUGCCUCGCAGAGGCAGUUUGAGAUCGUCUCCAAUGGCCCGGCAGACACUCUUGACCUCACCUACUGGGUUGAGGGUGCCCAGCAUGUCAUCUCCCUGGAGGACGUGGGUCUGGCAGACUCCCAGUGGAAGAGCAUCACUGUGCAGGUGGCUGGUGAGGUCUACAGCCUGUAUGUGGGCUGCAACCUGAUUGACAGCUUCACCCUGGAUGAGCCUUUCUAUGAGCAACUGACAACGGAGAAGAGCAGGAUGUACGUGGCUAAAGGUUCUGUUCGAGAGAGUCACUUCAGGGGGUUGCUGCAGAACGUCUACUUGCUGUUUGAGAAUUCUGUGGAGGACGUGCUAAGCAAGAAAGGUUGUCAGCACAGCCAGGGAGCAGAAGUCAAUGCCAUCAGCGAAAACACGGAGACGCUCCGCCUGAGCCCUCAGGGCACGACGGAGUACGUGGGCCAGGGCGCUGACCAGAGGCCCCAGGUGUGCGAGCGCUCCUGCGAGGAGCUGAGCGGCAUGGUCGCUGAGCUGUCCGGGCUGCACGCCAUCGUGAGCCAGCUUCACGAGAGCCUGAGGAAAGUGUCCAGUGACAACCAGAUCCUCUGGGAGCUCAUGGGUGGCCCUCCGAAGACCAGGAACGUGUCAGCCUGCUGGCAGGACGGCCGGUUCUUCGCGGAGAACGAGACCUGGGUGGUGGACAGCUGCACCAGGUGCACCUGCAAGAAAUUUAAGACCGUUUGCCACCAAAUCACCUGCCCGCCAGCGACCUGUGCAAGCCCAUCCUUUGUUGAAGGUGAAUGCUGCCCUUCCUGCUUCCACUCAGCGGACAGUGAGGAGGGCUGGUCCCCGUGGGCGGAGUGGACGGAGUGCUCCACCACCUGUGGGUCUGGCACCCAGCAGAGAGGCCGGUCCUGCGACGUCACCAGCAACACCUGCCUGGGGCCGUCCAUCCAGACGCGGGCGUGCAGCCUGGGCAAGUGCGACAACCGCAUCCGGCAGGACGGUGGCUGGAGCCACUGGUCACCGUGGUCCUCCUGCUCUGUGACCUGCGGACUGGGUAACAUCACACGUAUCCGGCUCUGCAACUCGCCAGUGCCCCAGAUGGGGGGCAAGAACUGCAGAGGGAGCGGCCGGGAGACCAAAGGCUGCCAGGGCGUCCCGUGCCCAAUUGACGGCCGGUGGAGCCCCUGGUCCCCGUGGUCUGCCUGCACGGUCACCUGUGCUGGAGGGAUCCGGGAGCGGACGCGCGUCUGCAACAGCCCCAAGCCCCAGCACGGAGGCAAGGCCUGUGUGGGGGACGUCACCGAACAUCAGAUGUGUAACAAGAGGAGCUGCCCGAUAGAUGGCUGCUUGUCCAACCCCUGCUUUCCCGGGGCCAAGUGCAGCAGCUUCCCAGACGGCUCCUGGUCCUGCGGCUCCUGCCCGGUGGGCUUCCUGGGCAAUGGCACCCACUGUGAGGACCUGGAUGAGUGUGCUGUGGUCACAGAUGUUUGCUUCACCACAAGCAAGGCCCCUCGCUGCGUCAACACUAACCCCGGGUUCCACUGCCUGCCAUGCCCACCUCGCUACAAAGGCAGCCAGCCCUACGGCGUCGGCCUCGAGGCGGCCAGAACGGAAAAGCAAGUGUGCGAGCCUGAAAACCCUUGCAAGGACAAGACCCACAGCUGCCACAGGCACGCGGAGUGCAUCUACCUGGGACACUUCAGUGACCCCAUGUACAAGUGCGAGUGCCAGACGGGCUACGCGGGCGACGGGCGCAUCUGUGGCGAGGACUCGGACCUGGAUGGCUGGCCCAACAAGAACCUGGUAUGCACCACCAACGCCACCUACCACUGCAUCAAGGACAACUGCCCCCUCCUGCCUAAUUCUGGGCAAGAAGACUUUGACAAGGACGGUGUUGGGGACGCCUGCGACGGCGACGAUGACAAUGACGGUGUUGACGACGAGAAGGACAACUGCCAGCUUCUCUUCAACCCCCGUCAGUCUGACUACGACAAAGACGAGGUGGGGGAUCGCUGCGACAACUGCCCGCAGGUGCACAACCCCGCGCAGAUCGACACAGACCACAACGGGGAGGGGGAUGCCUGCUCCGUGGACAUCGACGGCGACGAUGUCUUCAACGAGCGCGACAACUGCCCCUAUGUCUACAACACCGACCAGAGAGACACAGACGGCGACGGCGUGGGCGACCACUGCGACAACUGCCCCUUGGUGCACAACCCUGAUCAGACCGAUGCGGACAAUGACCUAGUGGGUGACCAGUGUGAUAAUAAUGAGGACAUCGACGAGGAUGGCCACCAGAACAACCAGGACAACUGCCCCUACAUCCCCAACUCCAACCAGGCCGACCAUGACCACGACGGCAAGGGGGACGCGUGCGACUCAGACGACGACAAUGACGGCGUCCCCGACGACAGGGACAACUGCCGGCUUGUCUUCAACCCUGGCCAGGAGGACUCGGAUGGUGACGGACGGGGUGAUGCUUGUAAAGACGACUUUGAUGAUGACAGCGUCCCCGACAUCGACGACGUGUGUCCGGAAAACAAUGCCAUCAGUGAGACCGACUUCCGCAACUUCCAGAUGGUCCCCCUGGACCCCAAGGGCACCACUCAGAUCGACCCCAACUGGGUCAUCCGCCAUCAGGGCAAGGAGCUGGUGCAGACGGCGAACUCCGACCCUGGCAUCGCCGUGGGCUUCGAUGAGUUUGGGUCCGUCGACUUCAGCGGCACGUUUUACGUCAACACGGACCGGGAUGACGACUACGCCGGCUUCGUCUUUGGCUACCAGUCCAGCAGCCGCUUCUACGUGGUCAUGUGGAAGCAGGUCACUCAGACCUACUGGGAGGACCAGCCCACCCGGGCAUACGGCUACUCUGGAGUGUCUCUCAAGGUGGUGAACUCCACCACAGGCACGGGCGAGCACCUGAGGAAUGCCCUGUGGCACACUGGGAACACGCCAGGACAGGUUCGUACAUUAUGGCACGACCCCAAAAAUGUUGGCUGGAAGGACUACACUGCUUACAGGUGGCAUCUGACCCACAGACCUAAGACGGGCUUUAUCAGAGUCUUGGUGCACGAAGGGAAGCAGGUCAUGGCCGACUCAGGGCCCAUCUACGACCAAACCUACGCGGGCGGGCGGCUGGGCCUGUUCGUCUUCUCUCAAGAAAUGGUCUACUUCUCGGACCUCAAAUACGAGUGCAGAGACGUCUAAACGAGAUCCACUGCGUUUCCGCCGUGUUCUGUAAACGCUGUUACCUGGACAGCUCGGUCCAUCCCAGGACUUCCGGCUUCUCCCGCCUUAGCAGCACCGUCUGUCUGUGACCUUAACUUCGGGGUCUCCCUGGCAUCCACCCCAAGCCCAGUGCCCUCCGAGGAUAGGUGUUAAUGGGGCCCAGCGGUGAGCACCCACUGGCUCCGGGAGAGACAGUUUGAUGACACAUGAGACUACGUGGACCUGAGAUCGAGCACGCCGUGACCUUGUUUUCCCUUGUUUGUUUAAAGAGAACGACGUUUACAUAUAAAAUGUAAUUACUUACUGUAUUUAUGUGUAUAUGGGGUUGAAGGGAGAUUGUAGCCAUCACCAUAAAUUAAGCAUGAAAAAUAUAGCUGCCCUACUUUUGGCAGUGAGGCCCUGAGUCUCUUGGGUCAGGACUGCUCCACAGUGACCCUGAGCCCUCCAGGUCGGUCCGCUCAGGCUGGAGCACUGCUGCAGUGAGGGAGGGGCAGGAGGGGCAGCCCCGGGGCGAGGGCCCCACAGCCCAUCGCACAUUAAGGAUGAUUGGGAGAAGGAACAGAAACUGCUCCCCUGCCAGCUUGUCCUGCAGCAAAUGCCUCGUUCUCUGCACAGUGGGGCCCAGGCGCCUCCACACGUGGGCUGCCAGAGCCUCUUUAAGUGAGGGUUAUCGAGCGAAGCGCGUCUCUGAAGCCACCGCCUGUGCCGUUGGGGACCUGGGAGCGCUCCUGGCCGCUGCUCCCUGAGUCUGUGUUCCCAUCGCCUGAGUCCCCGAGAUGCAGACAAGCAGACCAGUGAAUCAGCAGUGGCAUCUAAUCCCUAUUCUAGACCUUGAAACUGUGGAAAAGUUGUUUUGACCUAACUUGGUAACACAUUUCAUUAAGGUUCCAGUUAUAAAUCUUCUGUUAAUAUUUAUUAAAUGAAUAUAGAAUGCAGGCCCACUCACUGAUAACUUAUUUUAAAUGUGCCAGGUAAUACACAGGUAGUAUAGUUUCGAGGCAUAAACACAUAGUAAGUAUAUAAUAAAAGUUACAGCAAAGUGUUUUCCUGUGAAAAUUUGAAGCUUUACAAUAUUACAUUGUCAUGAUGAAGCAUGUUUAAAAUGUAACAGAAUGAAUAAAUAAUAAUGAAGCCUUUAUAAUGGAACCUUAAUGUAUACUAUUGCCAAUGACUUUAAUUCACUAUUUUUUGCUGUUAUCUAUCUGCUGUCUGUAGGAUGUUAAAAACGUUUGAAUGCACAAUGGCUUGCCAGAUGCACCCAUUAUCCAGUCAGGCAGAAAUAUAACCCAGUGUGACUCCCUUUUGCUUUGAGCUGCUUGAUUGCUGUGCAGGAAAUAUUACUUACUCUCACUCCAUGUAAGGGCUUAAUAAGAGAAGUUUGUUGUCUGUCUGAUGCAGGUGGGCACCUGUCCCCUGCUGUGACUAGUGCCUGUGUCAAAUGGGGGGGGACCCCUAACUUUCGUUGCCCUGUAGAUUUGAUAAAGUCAUGUUUUGCCUCCUCUGAGGCUGGUUCUCUCUAUGAUGGCUGCAUUCUUUUCCUUCUUUGUGGGGCUGUAUUCCCGAGACCACGGAGGCUCAGGAGCCCUCAUUAAAUGUAAGGAUUGGGAAGAGUGUGUGGGUUUUCUGUGUUAGUGGUACUAAGCUGGACUAUACCGUGGUGUGGGACAAUGAUGUGAAUAUUUAGAAUGUACCAUAUAUUUUUUGUAAAUUAUUUAUGUUUUUUUUAAAACAAACUUCUCUUACAGAUUAAUGAAAUUUCAUUUGUUUUGCAAAAGACUGUAAAUAUUUAUUUAUUGUUCACAUGGUCAGAAUUUCACCACUGAAACCCUGCUUUAGCUAGAGCUUCAUUUUUAUACUUUAAAGACUAAUAAUGGGAAAUAAAUUGCAAGAAGGUUUUCUGUAAA